GUCGCGGUCAAGUUCAGUGAGAGGCACGGGACUGUCUAUCCCAGAGCGCCAGGAGCCAAGGUUUCAGUUAAGUUUCAGUGGCUACUACUCUACAAACCGCUCUCUCCUUUCCUCUCUCUCUCCAGCCAAGACACAAUGAAUGUUUACCAAACACCAGAGAAGGAGAUCAUCUCAGGGCUUUCUUACAGGAAAAUAAGUGAUAGUGUUAUAUGGAAUAAUGAAUCUACUGCCACCAUGGAGAUGAAUCCAGAGGGCCUACCUUCCCUGGACUACAGGGAAGAGGACCCCCCUCCCAACAAACACUUCAAGUACCACACCAGCCUGCAGAACAUGAUCCCAUUCCGCUUCUCAAACAAGUCCAACCCCAUGGACGAUGCGGGCUUCUUCUCCUUCACCUCGUUUGCCUGGAUGACUCCCAUGAUGUGGAGCCUGUUCAGGAACCGACUGGACAAGAGCUCCUUGUCUCUGUCUUCUCAUGAUGGGGCCGAAACCAAUGGGAAGAGGUUUGAGAGGCUUUGGGAGGAAGAGGUAGCUAAGGUGGGACUAGAGAAAGCUUCUUUAGGUGGAGUCUUCAUGCGCUUCCAAAGGACCCGAUCACUGGUGGCCUUCCUCGUCGCCAUCCUCUUCGCGCUCUCUGUGUUUAUCGGACCGGCGGUUCUGGUGUAUGAGAUCCUGAACUAUGCAGAAAACCCUGGGUCGUCUACUCUGCUCCACGGUGUGGGUCUGUGUGUGGUUCUGUUCAUCUCAGAGUUCUCCAAAGCCUUCUUUGCCUCUCUACUGUGGGCUGUUAACCUGAGGACGGCCAUCAGGGUGAAGAGUGCCUUCUCUGUCGUCGCCUUCCGGAAGAUCAUCUCUCUCAGAUCCGUCAGCAACCUCUCUGUGGGAGAGAUGAUCAACGUGCUGACCAGUGAUGGCUACAGGAUGUUUGAGGCUGUGCUGUUUGGUACCUUCCUGCUGUGUAUCCCUGUGCUACUGAUCGCCUGUAUGAUCUACGCCUGCUACACUCUAGGAUACACUGCCCUCAUAGGGGUCUCUGUCUACCUCGUCUUCAUCCCCAUACAGUUUUUCAUGGCCAGACUGAUCCAAGUGUUCAGGAGGAAAGCGGUGAGCGUCACAGACACUCGUGUCCGCACCAUGAACGAGGUUCUCACCUGCAUCAAACUCAUCAAGAUGUAUGCCUGGGAAACCUCCUUCGAGAAGAAAAUCACCGACAUCAGGAACAAUGAGAAGCAGCUGCUGGAGAUGGCUGGCUACAUCCAGAGUAUCAACUCCUCCAUCACAACCAUCAUCCCCACCCUGGCAACCAUCCUCACCUUCGUAGUCCACACCCUGCUGGGCCUGCCCCUCAGCUCCUCGGAAGCUUUUACCACAAUCGCCAUCUUUAACUCCAUGCGGUUCUCCCUGGGGUUGCUGCCUUUCUCUGUCAAAGCCAUAGCCGAGGGACUGGUAUCGCUAGCCCGGCUAAAGAAACUGCUGAUGACACAGAACCCAGACUCGUACCUGGUCCAGAGACACGGGUCCUCCUCGGCCCUGGUCAUGGAGAAGGCAACAUUCACCUGGGCCGGGCCUGAAGGACAGACAACCACUACGGCACCAGGCACCACAGCCUCUCUGAAGGGAGGGAAGGUGGAACCACAGGGCCAGAACGGGACUCACACACCGGGCAAGACCGAGGCCAAGCCCACCCUGAGAAACAUCUCCUUCAACCUGCCUAAGGGAAACCUGCUUGGUAUCUGUGGCAACGUGGGAAGUGGAAAGACAUCGCUGAUAUCAAGCAUCUUAGAACAGAUGCACCUGCAGAAUGGUUCAGUCACAGCAGACGGAGAGUUUGCCUACGUUUCCCAGCAGGCCUGGAUCUUCCACGGCACGGUCCAAGACAAUAUCUUGAUGGGGGAACCCUUCAACCAGACCAGGUAUGACAAAGUCAUCAGUGCCUGUAGCCUGAUACCAGAUCUGGAUAUUCUUCCCUAUGGCGACCAAACUGAGAUAGGUGAGCGAGGCCUGAACCUGUCUGGGGGUCAGAAGCAGAGGAUCAGUCUGGCCAGAGCGGUCUACUCCAACAAAGACAUCAUCCUCCUGGACGACCCUCUGUCUGCGGUGGACGCCCACGUAGGGAAAAACAUAUUUGAGGAGUGUAUCAAGAAGACCCUGAAGGGGAAGAGUAUUAUCCUGGUCACCCAUCAACUACAGUAUCUGGAGUUCUGUGAUGAGAUACUGGUGUUGGAGAGUGGGAAGAUAAAGGAGGCAGGGACACACAAAGCUCUGAUGAAAACUAAAGGCCGAUACGCACAGAUGAUCAACAACUUCCAGACGGAGCAUUCACAGGAACAACCCGAGGAGCAGCCGACACAACCAGACCCCGUCGACACGAAGGAGAAGAACCUGGAUGAUCACAAGGGAAAAGGACUAGAAAACCCAGCUUUUGACAUGUCUGAUGAGAAACCAGACGAGUCGGGAGGAAGUCGAUCGGUAUCACACGACGUCAGAGAGUCUAAGGACCAGCUGGUGACUCAGGAGGGUUCUCAGGAGGGUUCUGUUGCCUGGAGGACCUACCACCAGUACUGUAAAGCUGCAGGAGGGUACAUACUGCUGUCUCUCAUCAUCAUCAUCUUCAUCUGCUUGGUGGGGACCACUGCCUUCAGCAACUGGUGGCUCAGCUACUGGCUGGAGCAGGGAUCAGGGACAGCGAACGUGUCGAAUUCCACCGCAGGGAACAUCUCCCUGAACCCUGACCUGAGCUUCUACCAGAUGAUUUACGGCCUGGUGGUGGUGGCCAUGCUGGUCUUCAGCUUCAUCAAGGGCUACUCUUUCACCAAAGUCACGUUGCAUGCAUCCUCCAAGCUACACGACACCAUGUUCAGAAACAUCCUGAACAGCCCCAUGAGUUUCUUUGACACCACCCCAACGGGACGUAUGGUGAACCGUUUUUCCAAGGACCAGGAUGAGGUGGACACCAUGCUGCCCUUCAACAUGGAGAACUUCCUACAGUUCAGCCUGAUGGUCACCUACACCAUCGUCACCAUCUCUGCCGUGUUCCCUCCCCUACUCAUCGCCAUCACGCUGCUGGGAGCCAUCUUUACACUCAUACUCUAUCCUAUGUGUUCUGAGUCCGGUGUGGUGUGUUCUGAGUCCUGUGUGGUGUGUUCUGAUUCCUACCCUGAAGAGGAUGGAGACCGUGACCCGUUCCCCCUGGAUCUAACCCUCCCUGACCACCUCCACCAUCCACCCUCACCCAUCACCCUACAACCUGACCCUGAGCAAUUUAAGGAGAUGAGCGACAACAACUCCAACCACUUCCUGUUGUUUAACUGUGGGACACGCUGGCUGUCCUUCUGGCUGGACUUUCUGUCUGCCUCAGUCACUCUGCUGGUGGCUCUGUUCGUGGUGCUCAGUUCUCCUGAUACCAUCAGCCCUGCUAUGAAGGGCCUGGCGCUGUCAUACACCAUACAGUUGACAGGUAUGCUCCAGUACGUGGUAAGGCUGUCUACGGAGCUGGAGGCCAAGUUCCUGUCAGUGGAGAGACUACAGGAGUACAUCGAGGGUUGUGUCUCUGAGGCGCCCAGGAGAGUUAAAGACGCCCUCAUCCCAGAGGGUUGGCCUCAUAAAGGGGCCAUCUCCUUUAAGGACUAUACGAUGAGGUACAGAGCGAACACUCCCAUCGUGCUCGAUGGACUCCAGCUCAACAUCCAGCCCAGGGAGAAGCUGGGCAUCGUGGGGAGGACAGGCUCUGGGAAGUCUUCUUUAGGAGUGGCCCUGUUCCGCCUGGUGGAACCAGCUGCUGGGACGAUCUUCAUAGAUGGGGUGGACACCAGUGCUAUCGGCCUGGAGGACCUCCGCAGUAAACUAUCAGUCAUCCCCCAGGACCCUGUCCUAUUCAUCGGCACUGUCAGGUAUAAUCUGGAUCCUUUCAACAACUAUAGUGACGAGGACAUCUGGUCUGCUCUGGAUAAGACCUUCAUGAAACACACAGUACGUACAGCCUCUAUGUGGAACAUUAGAUAA